AUGUUGCACAAGCUGAAAGCAAGACAUUCCAACCUGUCCUCCUUCACCCGGGUCGGCGCCGGCGCGCCCGUCUACCUGGCUGCCGUGCUGGAGUACCUGACGGCCGAGAUCCUGGAGCUGGCGGGCAACGCGGCGCGCGACAACAAGAAGACGCGCAUCAUCCCGCGCCACCUGCAGCUGGCCAUCCGCAACGACGAGGAGCUCAACAAGCUGCUGGGCCGCGUCACCAUCGCGCAGGGCGGCGUCCUGCCCAACAUCCAGGCCGUGCUGCUGCCCAAGAAGACCGAGAGCCACCACAAGGCCAAGUGAGGAGGAAGUUUAGAAGCAAAGAACAAAAGGCUCUUUUCAGAGCCACUUC